ACCCACUAUUCUUUCCUUCCGGGCCGUCAAAGGCCAACGUUAAGGACGGCACCAGCGGUACAAAUGGCGAAGAAACCAAACCGCGGAAAAACAGCUUUCUAAGCAAUUCCGACGACAAUACCCACAAGCUACUUCCAUCGGUCGAAUGCAGGAAAGAAACGAGCCGGCUGAAUAAUAAUACGAUUCGAAUUGACGAUAAAAAUUUGAAGAAAAAAAUGGUGCGGGCGAUAUAAUGACAAUAUUCCAGUGAUUUCCGACAGGGAUUCAAGAUGAAGGUGCUCUCGAACACUUUGGGGCUCCUGAUUAAUUUCGUUAUGGCGCCGUUUACGUCUAAUUUGACGCAGUCGUUUCAAAAUGUGCAAAAGAAUAUUAUCGAACCGGUGCAGGAAAAUAUUAUAAAGCCCAUAGCUACAGUACCUUUGAAUUUGAUUAGGAAUAAAGUGACAUGCAGUGCUUAUGUUUUUGAAGUUGGGGGAAACGACAUGCAAAUAACGGCCAUCCCCAGGGGAAACUGCUGGAACUGCUGCCCCGUGAACCUGAAGCAAGACGUUAGAUUCCUCCUUUACGCGAAAGAUAGGCCCGAAAAUGGCACAAUCAUAAAUCCCAUGGCGAGGCCUGGGGCCCUCAGGGCCGCUGGUGUGGAUCCCAACCUACGUACGACAAUCUACAUCCACGGGUUCUCCGAGCUGUCUCCAGGAAAGAGCGGCGAAGCAAUAAAAAACGCCUAUCUUGCCAGACCUGAAAAAACAAACUUCCUCAUAUUCGAUUGGUCCACCUUGAGUAGUUUUCCGUGGUACACUCAAGCCAAGGCCAACGUGAAAUUCGUUGCCAAAUUCCUCAGCAACUUCCUGGAAACUUUUCACAACAGUGGAGAACUGCCCUUAGAGCACGUGCAUCUUGUUGGAUUUUCACUUGGUGCUCAUGUUGCCUCUUUCGCUGGGAAAUAUUUGAGGGGAGGCUUGAGGAUAAAGAGGAUAACAGCUCUAGAUCCUGCAUUUCCAGAAUUCUCAAUACAAGAUACGUCCAGACGCUUGACCCUCACCGACGCCGAUUACAUCGAUGUCAUCCAUACCGACGCGGGAAUUUUCGGCAUUCCCGUACCCCUGGGGCACGCUGAUUUCUACCCGAACGAGGGGAAGGCCCUUCAACCCGGCUGUCAGCCCAGUUACCUCCUCAACGAGGGCAAUUUCGUGAACUUGGUCGUCGGAUGCAGUCACGUGAGAGCCUGGAAGCUGUACGCUGAAUCGGUGAGGAAUAUGGGGGCAUUUCCAGCCACUAGAUGCAGAAAUUGGAAGGGAGCCAACAGACAGUGUAAUUUCACUAAGGAUACGAAUAUGGGUCUGGCGAAUGAUCACUCUCAUGGAGUCUUUUACCUAACUACGAAAGCGAGUGAACCAUAUUCCAAGACCGUGGAAGAACAAAUUGUUGUAUGAAAAAAAUUAUGGAACAGUAAAGGAGACUGAUGGUAUUCAUAACAGUGAAAGUUUCGAACGAUCUGCAUUUUUGGUCAGAUGCCAGAACUUGCCAAGAGAAAAAUGAGCCGAGAUAUUGUCCUUGUACACAAGUCAUUUUUAUUUGUGGAGGAUCCGUAUGAAUGAGAAACAAACAACUUUAUAUUUAUCACCGCCAUUUUCAUGAAUAAAUGCUAUAUUUUC